CAAAAUAAUUUCAUUGGCGCGGAAUUGUCUGCGUUGUUUUCUGUUUUGAGGAAAAUCUAUCACCAUUAUUGUGCUUUUAGUUUAGAAACGAAUCAAUUUCACGAGGAAAUGGCAAUCAAUUUAAAUUUAAAUCAGAACGAUGUCGAGGUCAGUCUACGGAAUUCGGCUAAAAUACACUACAUUCCGGCGACUAUUCAUGGCGACGGACCGGCCAAGGUGGAGCAAUACUUUGAAUGCUAUACGGAUGUACUGGACGAUAAGACUCUAGUAAACGCCCUUCGAGGGUUCCCAUUGCGUGGAAAGCAUUUUACAUUGCCAACUGGUUUCAACGGUGUGAUAUUCCAGGAAACGAAGAAGCCACUAUCAACGGACGAGGAUCGUAAUUUCAGCUUCGCAGGGGCUUUUAAAGAAUUCACCUAUUGGAACUUUGACAAGAUUCCUUCCAAAAAUGAUGCAUUCGUAAAGGCGCUCGACUGGAUGGAACUAUCUCAAGUGUUACAUGAACCACUUGCUACGGAUGAAGAUUCAAAAGAGGCGGUGAAAGAUGAAAAAUAAAUUAUUUGCUUGGUUUUGUUUGUAAUAAUGAA